AUGCUGCCGCAUCACAAGUCGCGUCGCCCGGCGCCGAGCGCCGGCGCCAUGGCCUACCUGCCGUACGGUCUCGGCGCCAUCUUCACCCUUGCUGUCCUCAAGUUUCUCUUCUUCUUUGACCCGAUCCCGCUCGAGGACAUGCUGCCGUUCGUCAACAAGACCAUGUACAAGGUGUCGACGCUCCAUGGCGACUUUGUACUCGAGCUCUUCCCGGACGCUGCGCCGCGCACGGUAGCCCACUUUGAGAAGCUCGUCGCGGCCGGGUACUACACCAAGGACGCGGGCUUCUACCGCGCCGAGCCCGACUUUCUCGUGCAGGCCGGCGGGUUUGUCCACGACAAGGUGUCGCCAUUUGGCACGGUCGACGUCGAAUACAACUUGCCGAGCGAAGAGCGCACCGUCGUGCUCGCGCGGUCCACCGACCCGUCGUCGGGUAGCACUGAGUUUUCCAUCAUGCUCACCGACAACACGGCGAUCAACGCGCCCAGCGCCGAUUCGCCAGGCUACACCGUCUUUGGCCGCGUCCACGCGGGCUACCCGAACGUCAAGCUCUUGUCCGAAGUCAUGUCCGAGGGGUACUUGGCCAAGAAGAACCGACACCAAGCCAUUGCGUUUGACGCGAUCGAGACGAUCACCGCGCUCGUGCCCACGACGCCGGAGCUCCGCUUGGUCUCGGACGCGAUCCACGAUGCGCUUGCGACGCGGUUCUCCGUCGUCAUGUUCGGCAAGACCACGUGUCCGUACUGCAAGAAGGCCAAAGGUAUUCUCAAAGAACUCAAGGCCGAAGUCCACGUUGUCGAGAUUGACCUUCUCCCGCCCGCCGUCAUGUCGCAGUACCAGGACAUGCUCGAAGCGCUCACGGGCCGUCGCACGGUGCCCAAUAUCUUGCUCAACGGACAGUCGAUCGGCGGCGGCGACGACGUCGAGGCGCUGCACCAAAGCAAGAAGCUGGCGCCGAUGCUGCACAAGAUCGGCGCGCUCGCCAAGUCGGUCGUGCUCGACAGCAUCACCAAGAACCCGCUCGUGGUGUUCACCAAGUCGUUUGACCCGUACUCCAAGGACGUCAAGAAGCUCUUCAAGUCGCUCGGCGCCAACGCGGUCGUGAUUGAGAUCGACACGCGCGACGACGGCAACGCGAUCUUGUUCAACCUCCAGAAACUCACGGGCCGCAAGACGACACCGAAUGUGUUUGUGGCGGGGAAAACCAUCGGCGGCUGCGACGAUACAAAGGCACUCCACGAGACGGGCGAGCUCACGCUGCUCUUGCAGCAAGCGGGCGCGCUCUAAGCUCGGCGGUGGCUUGUAGCAUCAUACUAAUCGUACUGAGAGAGCGCAGUCCCCGACGCACGUUGUACAACCACAGAUUAGCUCGACUGGUCGUAGUCGAUGCACGACA